GCGGCUAUGGGUCAAGACAAUUUGUUCACUAUCUUAAGUACCUUAUUGAUAAAUUUUCCUUAGCCAGCGGUAUUGCUGUCGUUCUAUCGACGAGCAGUACACUCGUUGUUGCUUUAAGAAAAUGAAAAUACAUCUUAUAGUUUUCUUGAGUGCGUGUGUGUGGUUCACUGAGAGUGUCAAAUUCACAAGGUGUAAAUUAGCAACUGAGUUGAUGAAAACGAAACUGAUAGAUAAAACUUUCCUUAGUAACUGGGUUUGCCUUAUUGAGAAAGUGAGCAAUCGAGACACGGCAGCUUUCCACGUUACGCCGAGCGGGAAGAAACUAUACGGACUUUAUCAGAUACCCAGCAAAUGGUGCCGUGAAGGCAAACGUGGUGGAGACUGCAAUGUUGCUUGUGAAUCCCUCCUCGAUGACGACAUCCGUGACGACACAGCGUGCGCUCAGCUGAUCUUCUACCGAGAAGGCUUCAAGUACUGGAGCCAGUGGACUAUCAGGUGUAAGAACGAUGACCUGAUCACAAAAGAAAUAUACAAGUGUCCAGACCUUAGCUCCCGAAGGAGUCUAAGCCCUAAGCUCCGCAUCGCCGAAGUGUCCAGACUGAGACGUAGAUUGGCGAGAAGGGCGGCAUUGCAAUCAAACUUGUACGAAUACUAUGGAAUAAAUUGGAUUCAUUGAACCAUAUUGUUUUUUUUAUUUUG